AUGAGCGACGCCUCAGCACCGGUCGAGAAAACGACGGAACCGCAUACUCGCAAGGCCGGCGGCGGCAACGCGAGGAGGAACAGGUGGAUCGCGGCCGGCAUCGUGGCGUUUCUCUGCGUCGCGAUUGGCGUCGGUGUCGGUGUUGGAGUAGGCGUCGGAACGAAAAGGCACAAGAGCCCCGAGAAGAGCGCGAACGCCAGUGCUGGCGAGACAUUGGCGAACGGAACGACAACGACGGAGAUCUCGCGGGAGCAGCUCCUCGGCGACCAGGCGCGAUGGCUUGGGUCGUCACGGCAGUUCCCGGUCGGCGCGGCGCCGACAACGAGAGAGUUCAACUGGACCGUCUCGGCAGUCUCGGCCGCUCCGGGCGGGAUGACCAAGCCCAUGAUCGUCGUCAACGGGCUCCUCCCCGGGCGCGGGUUCAUGGACGGCACGCACGGCAUCACGCAGUGCGGCAUCCCUCCCGGCAGCAGCUUCACGUACGAGUGGGUCGCCGAGCAGGGCACGAGCUGGUACCACGCCCAUUCGGCGGGACAGUACACUGACGGUCUGAUUGGUGCCAUUGUCUUCCACCCAGCGUCUACUCCCGGCUCCAACUCGAGCGUUAGCACACGAGACGCCCAGCCCGAAGGCAACGAAGGCAACGAACCGGGCACCGACGCCAAGUACGACGACGAAGUAACCCUGAUGCUGAGCGACAUGUACAACACGCCUGUGCCGGCGCUCAGCUGGCGCUUCACCGCGCUCGGCACGGGCAUAGACGGACAGCCGGGGGACGAGCCGAGUCCGGACGGGGGAUCCAUCAAUGGCGUCUCGCAGGCCAAGUGCGCGUACAUUCCGCAGUCCGAUCUGGUCAUUCCCGAGCGAAAGCGGAGACGGUCACUGCAUGCGCUCCCGCCCCAGGCUCCCCAGGCCAGAAGCUACACGCACGGCACGCACUACGACGCGAGCAACUACUGCGGCGACGAGCCCACGACGUUCUUCAACCUGACCCUGGAGGGCGGGAAGACGUACCGGUUGAGGCUGGUGAAUGCGGGGAGUUUCGUGAACACCAUCUUCUCGGUGGACGGGCACGCGCUGACUGUCGUCGAGGCGGAUGGCGUGGCGAUCCAGCCCUUCAACGCGAGCAGUGUGGAACUGGCCGUCGGGCAGCGGUACAGCGUGUUGAUCACGCUGGACCAGCCCCCGGCCGCAUACUGGGUUCGGAACCACCUCCAAACAAGCGAGAUGCGGUACACGUCGCCCAACUUUUCCGAGACGACCCUCGGCGUGCUCCGCUAUGCUGGCAUCAGUUCUUCUAUCCUCCCCAACUCCACCACUGGAGGGGAGGACGAGUCCUCCUCGGGCAGUGCCUCGGGCAGUGCCAGGGGCCUCCCCGCCCUGGACCCGGACGGCACCAAGCUGACCCCCGUCCAUGCGCCCGAUGCCCCCAGGCAGAGAGAGGAGCAGUACACGGUCCAGUUCAACAUGCAGUACACGGCCGAUAAUGGGCACUACAUGUUCUUCAACGACAGCAGCUGGGAGCCCGAGCCGGGCGUCGCGGACAUAUUCAAGAUCCGCAAUGAUGCGAGUUUCGCGAGCGCGAGCAGGGUCGGGCCGCAGGAUGGCGCGGGCGACCAGGUCAACAUUGUGACCCCGGGGCCCACGCCGGGGCCGGGCUUGACACAACCUUCCUCCAACUCGUCCAACUUGUCCAACGACGCCGGCGCAGGCUUCGUCGACCUCAUCGUCAACAGCCUCGACGACGGCAGCCACCCGUUCCACAUGCACGGCCACCGGUUCUGGGUCCUGUCCUCUGGCGACGGGCAUUUCGUCGGCGACUCGAGCUCGCUCAACACGACCAGUAUCAUGCGCAGGGACACGCUGCAGAUCCCGUCGUAUGGCCAUGCCGUGUUGAGACUGGGGACGGGCAACGCGGGCGUGUGGGCGUUCCACUGCCAUAUCUCGUGGCACAUGCAGCUCGGCCUGCUCAUGACGUUGACGCAUCGCCCGGACGAGAUUCGCAAGUGGACGCUGCCGGAGGGGUUUGAGGGCAUGUGUGCUGGUGAGAAGACGCCGGCGGCGGAUAGCGGGGCGCAGGAGAUGCACGAUUGA